AUGGCCAAAGAAGAAGAGCAAGUGAGAGAGUACGAAUACGCAGAAGGUAGUGAGAAGGGACCAGCACACUGGGGAGAUCUCAAGCCGGAAUGGUCAGCAUGUAAAACUGGAACCAUGCAAUCUCCUAUUGAUAUAAUCAGUGAAAGAGUGAAAGAGAUCUCCAAGUCAGGAGAUUUAGAGACAAACUACAAGCCUUGCAAUGCUAUUCUUAGAAAUCGAGGCCAUGAUAUUUCUUUGAAAUGGUCAGAUAACAAUGCUGGAACCGUAAAGGUGAACGGCACUGAUUACAUGCUUGAUCAAGUCCACUGGCACUCACCUUCCGAGCAUACCAUCAAUGGCCAAAGGAAUGACUUGGAGUUACACAUGGUUCAUAGAAACAUUGACAAAGUAGCUGUCAUUGGACUGCUUUAACAUGGUUCAUAGAA